AGGUCUUUAAACAGCUAGGUUUACUUUUAAAUUUACCAAAAAUUUGCCAAAAAAAACUAAAGACUUGUAAAAUGCGGUUAACUCUUGCUCUUCUUCAACGAAUGUAUCCGAAGAGCAGUUUUCGUCGUCCAAUGGAGGGAAGAAACAUGCGGAGGAAAAAGGAGCUAUAUCUAUGGCCGAUGACCUUCGGAGAGCUGGAUGAGGAGGUUGAAGAAGAUGGUCGAAGGAUUCCAGUCCGGGAUCGCGUUCCGGAAGUUGUGGUUCCUGAUCUGAAGGAUUUUUCGUUGAAACCUUAUGUUACUUAUCGGGCUGAAGGGAUACAUCAGCCACCCACGCAAGCUAAAGAUUUGUUUGACGCAUUUUAUGCCCCUGCUAUUGAAGCGGAGUUACAGAAUGUCCCGUUAGAAACUGUUCCCGAGUCUGUCUUAGAAAGUGAUGAAAAACAACCUAAAAAAAGCUUUUUAACAAAAAUAUUUAAGAAAGAUUCCACUAAAGAGGAUUCAAAAUAGGUUGACAAUAUGGAAAUCAUUAAAUUUAAAUUAUUUUCAACUUGAAUUUACUCCUUUUUGCCACUCAUUUAUCAAUGCUGCUUAUGUUAAACUGACCACCAUGUAAUACUUUCUGUAAUAUCAGUAUGGUAUUAAUGGUAUAACUUGUUUAAUAUUAUCUUUACUUAAUUUUAUUAGAAGAGUUAAGUUUUAUUUAGUUUUCAACAGCAUAUUUUUUGAAAAAUAUUCAUUAUGUCGUGUGAAGUAGAUCAUGUGACUAAAGCCAACCUAUCAGAAGAUGACCCAUUCGAUAGCAUUGUCAUGAUAGAAAAUCGAAUGAUGGAGCAGGGGUUCAAAAAUGGUGUAGAAGAAGGCAAACUUGUUGGUCUUAAAGAGGGGGAAUCGCUGGGCAAAAGCAAGGGUGCAGAGGUGGCAAAGGAAAUUGCUUUUUACCUUGGAUUUUGCACUACUACAUUGUUUAUACUUAACCAAACUGAAAAGCUGACCAAAACCCAGCUUAAAGCACUUACUGUGUUAAACAAUAUGAAAACCAUGCUUUGCCGGCUGGAACAUGAAAAUGUAUCUAUGGCUAGUGUAAUAGAAAAUCUUGAAAUGACAAAAUCACAAUUUAAGCAAAUAACCUCAUUGCUAAGAAUAAAACAAACUUAUACACAAUCAAAGUAUGGAAGCAUGGGCUUAUCUUUUUAAUAGUACAACAUGCGCUAUGAGCUGUACUGCCUACAUGACCUUUGUUUGCAUAGUGUUCUAGUUGCACCAUACAUCCUGUGUGUUUUCUUGCAUUACUUUUCAAUGAUUUCUUUCCAAGAGAUUUUACAUUGUGUUUGAUCGUUUGUCGUAACUGCUUGAGUUACUGGUAUUAUUUGUUAGGCACCUUUUUAUUUUACAGAA